UAUAAGAGAUAUAAUUUAAGACUUAAUUUAAUUGUAAUUUGUUAUAAUGGGUAAUUGUCUACGAAAUACGAUACAAAAAUUAUCAAAAAAACAUCAUUCAGAAAAAAAUAUAACUCUUCUUAUUGUUGGUCUAGACAACGCAGGAAAGACUUUAAUUUUAAAUCACAUAUGUGGUGAUCCUGAUAAACAUGUAUUAUCAACAAUGGGAUUCCGAACUGUAUGUUUAAAAUAUAAAUCUUAUGCUGUAAAAAUAUAUGAUGUUGGUGGUAGCACACAAAUAAGAUCAUUAUGGCCAAAAUAUUAUAAUGAUAUACACGGUCUUAUAUACGUCGUGGAUGCUAGUGAUAUUUCCCGUCUUGCAGAAAAUAAAGUUGUAUUUGGUGAAUUAGUUGCUCAUGAAAAUAUUUCAGGAAAACCAUUAUUAUUACUUGCCAACAAACAAGAUUUAAAUGGAGCUAUCGAUGAAUUGGAUGUCGUUGACAAUUUAGAUGUAGAAUAUUUAGUGAAUACUACACGAUGUCCUACAAGAGUUGAAACUUGUUCUUGUUUUUCCGAAAAAGACCACGUUAAAAGUAGUAUUUUAGGCAUUACAAAUGGAUAUAAAUGGUUAUUGGAUACAAUCCUGAGGAAUUAUACUGUUUUAAAUAAUAGAGUUAAGCAAUCUCAAAACAUCAUAAACGAAGAAUUAAAAAACCGAAGAGCUGUAAAGGAUUGCAAAUAUUCUCCACCUAGAUUAACAGUACACUCUAAUCCUUUUAAACCAAUAGCAGAACUUUUAUCUAAAAAGGAAGAAAAUAAUACAGAAAAUCAUUUAGUAAAUGGUGUUAUCAAUGGGAAAUCUCAACUUAAGAAAAUCUUCAUGUCUAAUAAGACUGCACCACUUCCUUCUGAAAGUACAUUUAAUAUGAAUGAAGAUCUAUCUUUAUACGAUAAUUCUAAUAUUAUAACACCUGUAGCACAAAAAAGUACCCAAACUAUUACUGGUAUAGAUUUCUCAAGUUUUGAUACGCAUCUUAAUGAUAAAAAAAAAAAAAACAAAUAUCACCGUCCAUAUACAGCGCCUGCACAUUCUACACUACAUAAUACAUUAUCGAUAAUAAAUAUUCCUGGACAAGUUCUUCAGUAAUGAUUUAUAAGAUAUUAUAUAUUU